GUGUCGUUCUGUCGACACGCAGAGGCUGCAUCGCCUAUUCGUCUCUCCGUGAGAGUGUACCGCGCAGACAAGGAACCUAAGCCUACAUCGACACGUACCAAGAAACACGAGGAAGAGGAAAGAGGGAUCACCACGAUGUGACAGUGACGAGCGUGCGACGCUUCCAUGACCCGUCUUCGCUUCUUACCCUUUUCUUGCCCGCCGUGAACGGAAAAUCGGUCAGGAAGCUGAGUACCCCAUCCUCGAAGUUCGUCAACGAGCAUCGUCUGGAUUCUUCAAAGCGUUCAACCGGCCUCUCGUUGGCAAUUUUGGUCUUGACAAGCUCGGUGGAGGCACGACCUGUGACCUUGUAUCGUGAAACACGAAGACGAGCCGUGACAGAGGAAAGUGAAACGCAGUGGACGCAGUGACAUAAUAGUGUGUCGUAGGGCGGAUCGUUAGGUUGACGUUCGAGACGAUGUAACGACGUUGGUAGUUACGAAACGACCGAACGAACGUAUCCGAGUUCACACGAACUGUUUCUUUCAAUUCUUCACGGCUAGGGUUAGGUUAACGUUGGUUCGUUUUCGUUUAUGGUAGAGCGGGAUAAUAUUACGCGGAUGAAAAAGAGAAGAGACGCGUGCUCGGUGGUUGAGCAACGAAUUCGAAACUUGUACGUUCCCAGGGGAACCGGUCGCCGGGCAGAGCGCGUGGAUAUGGUAACGAAGCAUUGUGCAAGGUCGGUAUGAACGGAGACUAAGGUCAGCUGGUACAGAUCGAUAUCCCGAAAUUGUCUCGGCAUAGUUGCCUCGUACGCGCGCCGCUUGUGAGAUCAGUGGUGCUUCGGGGGGCGGCGGAAAUAGUGCGGGAGCGUGUUCGAGCGAGAAAAAAUUCGGCCGAUCGUGGAAAACGAAAGACGGGAGGAUGGAUGGCUGGAAGAGCUGGAAAAGGGCGGAGAAUUCGUUUCUCACAGCAUGGUAUCAACGUGUCACAGAGUCUUACGUGGCGACAUGGUUCUUCGGGGUGUUUCAGACCAGCAGGAUGUCGACGAGCACCGCCACCGGAGCAUUGAUGGGCUGCGUCAGGGAAGCGUCGCCCCCGCCGCAGAAUCAUCAGAAUCAACAUCAUCGAACGCACGGCCUCGGCGAGUACUCGGCACAAAACAGCGUCGAUCCGCUACCAAAAGAGCCAAAGAAGCGCCGCUUCCAUCCGCUUCGUGGCCUCAGGAGAAUCUUUCGGCGUAAAAGUCGAGGACCUGCGGAUGCUCGAGUGGUCGCCAGCCAUGUUGAUCGAGAUGCGGAACUCGUACGACUUCCGAGGGAAGACAUCACCGACAGACAUCCUGCGGGACGUCCAGAAGAGGCUCGCAGCAGGAGCGCCAGCGAGCUACUCACGGACUCGUGCGAUCGAGACAGCGGGCAAACCGCAUCGAGAAGGUGCAGGUUAACGACAUCCUCCAAGUCGCACCGCUCCUUCAAACACGUGUUCCUCAGGAGGACAGGCAUGGAGGAUUCGUUUGUGAAACUGCGAGGAGGAGCCGUAAAAUUGUCCGUUUCGCACGACAGCGUUUUCCCCGGAGAAGUUCCUCACACUCGACCUCUCUCGUCGCUGGCCAGCCUAGCUACCCUCGAGCGGAGGCAAACGAGAAAGAGCAACGAGAUCGAGCACAAGGAGUACAAUCAACACGUCGUGCAGAGGCACAGGAUAUCUCUUCGGGUGCUCGAGCAAAUAAAGACGGUCAUAGAGAACCGGAACCAGCUAGCCUCGGCGACCUCCUCGGAUACCACGAGCACCAUACACGCUGUCGGUGAACGUUAUCAGCAGGAAACCGCCGAGAAUCGUUUCAUCGGCUUCGAGAAGCAGAAUAAGAGCGGAGAAGAAAAUCAAGCGAAGGGCUCAAAAUCGCCAAAGGACACGAUCGAUCAUAUUAUACCUGUGGCCAAAGAAGAUUUACCGCAACUGGAAAGCGCCAGUUUGAACCAUACAGCGGCACAUCACCGAAUUGCGGUUCGACCCAAAAACCGGAGGCCUCCGAGGCGUACUGGCUCUCAAGCUGCCAACACAUCCACGUCGACGAUCACGACCAUAGCGGAGGAUUCGUUGGACAGCUUGGACCAGCAAACGGUCAGCGUGAACAGCAAUGCGUCUUCACCGACUGAACCGAAGAACGUGUCUAUCACGAGGAAAUCUUCGAGUAGAUUGUCGCGUACGUCGGACAUUUUCGAGCAACUGGAAGCUAAACUUCCUAGAAAGCCACCUAGCGUGGCCUCUUUAUCCCCGGAUAGCCUGGACGCCGUGACUGCCUCGAGAGCGAGCGUCGAGGUGAACGACGACUUGGAGAAGCAGCCAGAAGUUCGAUCGAUCGUCAGGAAAGCGUCGAAUCGAACACCAAAGAAUACAGAGAUGUUCGAAGAGCUGGAAUCGAAGCUACCUCGAAGGAGAUCCUCCAACAGAUUGUCGAAAUCGCCUGAUAGUCUAGAAGUGGCUCCCAGUUGGUUCUCCAAAUCUACGGAAGGCUUCGACAAAUUAAUGGAGUACGAACAAGCGAAACCCGUGACUCGAAGACUGCUAAACCCAAUCUCGAAGUCGAUCGAUCGCGUGUCCAAGUCUUCCGACAGCCUAGAAGCGAUAGAGGCGUUAGCCAGCGACGAAUCCAUCGAACGUAGGAGGAGUAGCUUCGAGUUGCGCGCUCGCAGAUCCUCCAAGAACAUAUCAAAGUCGUCGGAGAAUUUCGAGGUUUUGGAGCAAACGCAGAUUGGAACGGAGACUGUUCAAGAACUGCAGAAGAGGAGUAGCAUUUCGGAUAUCAAUCUGUCUCGGGGAAGAAGGUUAUCAAAGAGUACGUCCAAGUCGUCGGAAGAUUUCGAGAGGAUCGAGAUAAGCGAGUCGAAAGACGAGGGGGAAAAUAUCGGAGAUAGUUUCGGGAAAUGCUGCAGGAGAUCCUCGAAACGUAUGUCGUCCGAAAGCUCUGACAAUUUGGAGUCGGAUGACAGAUUGGAAAACAGGAGAAUCAGAAGAACGCCAAAAAGAAUACCGAGCACCAGUUACGUGGACAUCGUCCCAACGGACGAUGGAGAGGAAGAGAAAAGACCGAUCACGGUUAGGAAACCAGCCAGGCUUCAGAAAUCGUCUGAAAGCUCGGAGCUUGGCAGUACGGAUACGUUGGAUUCUGAGAGGAGGAAUAAGUCGUCGGAGAGUACCGAAACUUUGGACAGUUUGGAGAGAGAUUUGGAUCAGGAUAGAAAACACGAAGAUCUCGCGGACGCUGUUGCGGAUAGACGCGACAAAAAUGAUCCUUGGACCAAUAAACCUCUAAUGACGUCGCAUUCGGAACAAAUUUCAAUGGCGGACGGCACGGAGGACUCCAAAUCCUUGAUCUCACCGGACAAAUUCUACUGGCGCCAAUCAUCGGAAUCGAAGGAGAACAUCGACAUUCAUCAAUUAUUAGCCAUCACGAUAGUUACCAGAAUGGCCGACAACGGCAAUAACCAACGAAGCUCUGUGAUUUAUCCUAAGAAGAAGCAACAGAUCACCACGUCACAGCCUACCUCGCCAGUCGCUAAACAAGAAGAUAACAAAAUGAUCUUCGACAAUCUCCUCGUUAGUAAGAACGACGAAGAUUUGCAAAACAUGUUAAACGGCAAUAUAUCCGAAGUAUCCACGGACACGAAGAGUUUCAAGGAGAAACUAAUCAUGUUUGAGAAACUCGGCAAAUGAACACUACACACAUCUACACACGUAAUUAAUUAACAGGCACGCGUUUGAUUGAUUUCGCCUGUUUAAUGGGAAAAAAGGAUACAUAAGAAGAGAAACUGGUCGAGACUAUGCAAAGCCUUUUUUUCCUAUGUAAACUUUUUUAUAUCUGGAUUUCAUUUGUAGACUGAAUAAGCUGAAGGAAACGAAAUACGAACGAAGAUGUUCGACUGGUUAAGACUAUAAGAUGGACAAUAAUGUAAAUUAUUUACUUCAAAUUUUUAUAAUGUUUUUCAUGAGGCGUAUCUUCGUUUCUCACUCGCAAACACCAAAAAAGAAAAGAAACAAAGGAAAGUGGAAAGGUAAUCAAUAUGUAAAAAGAUUUUAAGUUGGUCCGUGGCGAGAAAGUUGUAAGGUCAACGUGUUUAAACAUAAUUACUGGCCGUAAUUACUUGUAAA